CAAGAAAUGGACCAACUGAAAGAUGUUGCUGAAGUUUUGAAGCCUUUGGAGGCAAUCACGAGCGAAUGGUCGGCAGAAAAAUACGUCACUCUGAGCAAAGUGAUUCCUAUGAUUAACGGUUUGACUGAACAGCUGCAGACAUUGGAACCAAACACUGCAAUGGGAAAGCAACUAAAAAUUGUUAUGUUGGCCGAAAUAAGUAAAAGAUUUGGUCAGGUGGAAAAGGUGCCAAUGUUCGCUAUUGCAACUCUUCUGGACCCGAGAUUCAAAAAAAUCGACUUCAAGAGCUCAAUUGAUUGUUCACAAGCUGUCAACUUCGUAAAAAACGCAUUGCUGCAACAACAUCAGCCAUUCCCUGAGUCUUCUGACGUGCUAGAACCUACUGAAAUUAUUCCAGGUGAGCAAUCUGAAUCUUUGUAG